AUGCUGCAAGGGUUACCUACAUCCGUUUUCUGGCAUCUUGACGAUGGGACCAUUGUCGUAGAUCGUCGAUAUGCCCUGAGGCAUUUGUCGAAUGAGGCCUUAUCGUCAUUGUUACGAUCACUGAGCGCCACCGGGGCUCAAAUUGACGUCUUGAGACGAUUUGUCAAGACUCUCGACCUCGCAAAAUAUGCACCGUUAUUGCUGCUCCUGUCAUCGCUAGUAUCCGAUCUCCAGCAAGAAAACCAAGACAACUCGGCGCGAUGUCUCGAUCUGCUGUAUGAAUUGGUCGGCAUGACCCAAGCAACCGGGGAUGACACUGAAUUUAUCUACCUGGCAAAGCUGUUUUUUGCGUGCUUCGAAACAUAUGCACGGCCUAUCCGCACCUGGAUGGAGACAGGUCAAUUGGAAGAGUCCGGUGCCUUCUUUGUUCUAGACAAUCGCGAUGAUAGUGACCUGCGAACAAUGUGGCAGGACUGGUAUACCUUGGAUGAGACUGCGGGACUCCUGCAUACGCCGAAAUUUGUCCAGUCUAUCGCGCGGAAGAUUUUUAUCACAGGUAAAAGCCGAGUCUUCCUGCGCCAAUUGAGUGUGACUGCAGACGUGGAGCAUCGUUCAAAAUCUUCACUAAGCCUUGAAGACGUUCUUUCCCCGGAUUCUUCGCUUUGUCUCCCUUUCUCAGCACUAUUCGAGUCGGCUUUGGGAAACCUCGUGGACCGAAAUCAUGCUUUGGCAUCAUCGUUGCUGCGCAAAGAACUAGGUGAACAAUGUGGACUAUGGGUCUCCCUGCAGAGUCUGGAACACAUCUAUCUCUGCAAAGACAUGAGUGUUUUCGGACCAAUUGAUGAUAAAAUAUUCGACCUCAUCGACCGGGGUAGGGCGGCCUGGAGCGACAGAUUUUUGUUGACUGAACUAGCGCAGAGCGCGUUCAGUGUCCUGCCAUUUAUUGACACAUCCAGGCUUCUCGUCCGAUCUUCGAACGAUAUCAUUUCCAAACAAAGUAAUCGCAGAUCUGUGUCAAUGCUUCAGGCAAUCUCAUUGGAUUACGUUCUUCCCUGGCCAGUGGCGAAUAUAAUCACCAAGGAAUCCAUUCUGCGAUACCAGCGGCUCUCUGUAUUUCUGAUGCAGAUCCGUAGGGCCAGGCAGAUAAUUGUGAAACAGCGUCUACAAUAUUCGGUUCCGACGGACCGAACAUUUGAUGACAGAAGUAACGCACUUAGCUUUGCGCUCCGCCAUAAUAUGCUCUGGUUUUUGAACACGCUCUACAGUCAUCUGACGGACUUUGUCAUAUCAACAACCACCCAGUCCUUACGGCGGUCGUUCUCUGAAGCCAGUGAUGUUGACUCGAUGAUUGCAGCGCAUCGUGCGUACAUGUCUUCCGUCGAGGAUCAGUGUCUCCUGUCCAAGAAUCUGUAUCCCCUUCACCGAGCCACUGUCGCCCUUCUUGAUCUGUGUGUCUCUUUUGCGGAUGUCCAAGCUAUGCGACAUGGCAGAAGCCGGCCGGACCCAACCAAAGUUUUUUAUAAACACGAGAACUCCCAAAUAAGCCAACCUGGGAACAGCUAUUCCAGUGAUGAAGAUGAUGACGACGAUGUAUACGACUCUGAUGACAUGGAUGCUUCCACAAUAUCCCUUCAUGCGACACAUUACGUGGAUCGACUUAAGGAGAUCAACGACCAAUUUCAUCGACUUAUUGCGUUUAUGGUGGCCGGCUUGAAGGGCGUGGGACGCGCUGACGGCCAGUUGAGCUGGGAGAUAUUGGCGGAAAAGCUCGAGUGGCGGAAGGAGCGCCUCUACUCCUGA